UUCUUGUGUCUUCCCACCGCUCUCGUAUCGUACUCCCGAUUCGUAUUGCCGUAAAUGAAAAUUAAUUAAUACAGCGUUACUCAUGUGUUGUGCCCCGAGCUGGAUUUGAUCGUGAACCCUGCUAUUGUGGACUACAGCUUUCAGUGACUGUUGUUUGACUUUUUAAUAACGCCUUAAAACGGACUUGUGUUUUAACAUUGUUUGCUGAUUACAAGAUUAUGCGGAGUGCAGUUUGAAUACAAUUGGAGCUCAUGAUUCCGUGUAACGGGACGUUAUAACAUCAAGCAAUUGGCUGCACUUGGAUACUUGGUGGCGUAUACAUGAGAUGUUAUGGGCUCACUUGGCGUAGCAAAGUGGCGUUGCUGGGUGGUGAUAGUGGCAUGGGCGUGCGGCGCAGCGGCGCGCACGUUAUGCCCAGCGCGAUGUGCCUGCGACGAUGCGUUGCGCGCAGCCUCCUGCGCCAACGCCAGUCUCGAGAUCGUGCCCAUUCAACUCAAUCCAGAGGCCACCCACAUCAAUCUAACUCGCAACUCUAUCAACAACCUUCUCUACACCUUCAAUUUCUACACUCAGCUCAUUGUACUCGAUAUAUCGUACAACAAAAUUCAAGAUUUAGGUAGUAAAAAUUUUGAAAACAAUCUGGAGAUGAUCCAUCUCAACCUGAGCCAUAACUCUCUAAAGCGACUAGAUGAAGAAACUUUCAUUGGAUUAAAAAGACUCCUUGAUUUAGACUUGUCUGACAAUGAAAUAUCGUCAAUACACGCACAAACUUUCAAAGAUUUAUCUGUGUUGGAACGGCUCGAUUUGUCAAACAAUAGGCUAGUGAGCUUUGAACCGGAUAGUUUCGAGCCUCUGUCAUCGUUGAAGAUCUUAUCGCUCAAAAACAAUUCCAUAUUGGACAUACCGUCUGCUAAUCUCUUUUACGUCGUACGACUGGAGUACUUAGACUUGUCAGAAAAUUUAAUACAACAAGUCUCAAGGCAUGGUAUACCAUAUUUAAAGGAAUUGAAACAUUUAGACUUGAAUAGCAAUAUAAUAGAAAUAAUAGAUCAAUUAGGGUUCCAUAAUUUACCUUCACUGCGUCAUUUGGACCUAAGUGAUAACAAUAUGACUGCAGUUCCAACAUCAGCUCUUGCGAAAUUAUCGAACUUAACACAUUUAUAUCUCAGUGGCAACUUUAUUCAGAAUGUUACAGCCCUAUGCUUCCAAAGUCUAUUUCAUUUGAAACAUUUGCAUCUUAGUAGACUUUACGAUCUUGAGAAGAUCGACUCUAGGGCUUUUGUCGAUAACAUUAACUUGCAAAAAAUAUGGAUGAAUGAAAAUGUAAAAGUGGGAGAAGUACCUCCAAGACUGUUCCACGGUAAUCCUAAACUUACUCACAUUUACAUGAAAAACAAUGCCCUGGAGACACUUGAAGCGUCCCAUUUUCCUAUAGACAGCCUGCAAGAGCUGGAGAUAUCUGGAAAUCCGUUCGUAUGUAAUUGCUCACUUUUAUGGCUAUGGAAAUUAGGAAUGGAGUGUGAAGUCAGCAGUAGAGAGACAGGAAACACAAGUGCCAUAUUGAAGAUAGACUAUGAAUCUGUGAAGUGUGCUGCACCUGAACAUUUAAAAGGUGUAUUAUUUGUGCAAAUUCCUGAAUCAGAGUUCGGGUGUUCAAACGGUUGGGUGAUAGUGGCCGUAGUGGUGCUGACUGUGAGUAUAGUUAUAAGCAUUGUGGGUGGAGUUUUGUACUUCAUGGGACCUUUGAAGAAAUGCAAAGGCGAUAAAUCGAAACAAGUCAUGAGUAGUGUCAUGUUAAAUGGUGAUGUGUCCAAGUUAAGUAACGGUUUAGGAUAUACUACUAGAAGUAGGGAGCAAGAAAGCAAGAGAGAUGUAGACCGAUAUCUGAUGAUCGGUUCGUCUGUGACAAAUAACUUCCAUUCUUUGAAUCCUCCAUGGCAUAGUGUGGAUAAGAAUCCUUACUAUCAGGAAGACAGCGAAGAACAUAUUUAUCAACAGUUUGCAUACGAAACGAUCCCUCCUCAUAGAACGCCAGAGAAACCACACAUAGUGUACGUGUAACAUAAGUUUUGUGCAAAGGACUAUUUCGCGAAAAUACAACCUUUGUUUCACGGUAAAGACGUUGACAGUGCAUACACCCGUCAAAGAAACGAUGAACAUUGAACAUGCAAUAAUGUAAAUAGUAAUACAAUUAAACUGUAAUAUGUGAUAGCUUUGUAAAUAGACUUUGUAAAUACAUUGAACUGCGCAGAUAAAGACGUUAUAAAGACAUUUCGAUUUUGUACUUAACCCAAUUUAGUCAUUUUAUCGCCUCUUUUAUUUCACUUUAAUGCAUAAAUUGACAAUUUUGUAAUUAGUAUGUUUUGUUUACUAGUUCCUUGAACUUAAUGGGUAAUCCAAUAAUGUAUAAUGCUUUGAAAACUCUCGUAAAUAAUGAAAUAUAAUGUCGUACUCUUGUAAUUAUAGUAUACAUUUCUAUUUUCAGAAUUAGAACACCAAUAUUUGAAAACUUUGUACAAAGAUGAGCAAUAUAAAAUAAUUUCAAAAUACUAUAUGUCGUUAAUUUUAUUGGAGACAUUGUUAUAGAAAUAUUAGUUGUAUUUAUAAAGAAAUACAGUUCUAUAAAAACCGUGGUACGUAUAUGAUAAUCUUGUUUACUUACUUCAAUGCAAUAGAAUACAUGAAGUAAAAUAAAUUUCGUAUCGCCUCUAUAGUGUGACACUAUCAUUUUAAUUUUGUCUAAAAAUAGAUGUGUAUCGAUUCUUAGGUUUUCGCGAUUGUUCAUACGUUGGAAAUGAUACUAUAUACUAUUUUUGUGAACUAUUUCUUGAUUUUUGUCGUGCCCACGGAACUUGUAAAGGCCACGAAACAGUGGUUUGUUAAAACCAAAAAAUAAUAACGCGAUUUAAAUCUAGAAAAUAAGAGUUUCAUUUCCAAUGAACAGAUGAGUACUUCUGUACUUGUUUUUGUUUGACGUUUUUUAGAAAAAGCUGUAUUCUGCUACUGAUACUUCUGUGGAUUUUUUUCGUCAUCUUUCGCUGUACGUUUUUCUUUACAAAAGAUUAAUUAAAAAUUAUUCGUAAUAGUGUUACUCUUUAAAAGAAAUGUAGUAAUUUAUUUUACCUGUUUAAAUCACCAGUUGCUCUGAUGUAAUGGGGUACAAAAUAAAAUACAUGUUUAUUGGCUAUUUUUGUAUAUUAAUUUCAUGAUACAAAUAAAAAAAUUAGUGCCGAUCUUUUAAUAGAUAUUUUGAAAUUCAUAUUUUUAUACUUAGUGAAUAUUAUGCAUGGGGUUGGUCGAAAAAUUUUGAACCAUGUUAUGACGAGGUGAAAUAUUAAAGAAAAAGCUUACGUAACUGAUUGAUAGCUAAAAAUACGAAAAGCAAUAAUACGUGUACCUGUUAAAAAUUAUAAACAAACUUAGGCCAACUAUGUACCAAAGCGGAGAAGAAGAAGCUUUGUUACACAAACUUGUAGCAUUUUGACAUUUCCACGGCGCUUAGACAAAACAAUGAAGUAUUGUUGGUUGUUGAAACUAGGCACUGUUCAAGGGCCCUAUUCUCGAAACACAAAUUCCGUAGUGACGGCCGUUUUCUCACUAUGGAUAACCUACAAAUAUGAGUUUCGGUCGGGGCUAGAACUAAGAAUGUAUGAUCUGUCGUUUCGUUGACGGACUUCGAGAGUAGUCCCGUAGAUAAUCCAUAGUGGGAUAACGGCCGCAACUACGAAUGUCGUGCUUCGAGACUAGGGCCCCUGCUUCGCUUUGGUAAAAUUAAUGGACCUUAAGAAAUCCCUCGAUGCAUUUAAUAAAAAAUUUUUUUGACCUACCCGUUCCAAAUUGUAGCUGAAAAUAUAACUGCAAUAUGCCUAAUAAUUUUUAUAACCAUACGUAAAUUUUCGUAACCAAUACUUAUUCAGUCGAUGCUGCUACAGUCAUAUUGAUAGAAUAAGGCUAUUUAUACAUCUUACUACUUAAAAAAACUUUUGUUAUUGAACUUAUUUAAAUAUAUAAUG